GAAACAAUCAAUGAGUUCAGCGCUAGGUUUAGGAACUUACCUUUUUUUUCUGACACUUUCUUAAAUAAAUGGCGCUAUUUAUGGACAGGUUUUGUCAUAUCUGAACUUGUUUCCUGUUCUGGUUAUCUUUUGGGCAAUACGAUAUGUUUAAUUGUUUCGAAAAUUCGAAUUUAAUAAAUGCUGAAAGGAUUUCUUUACGCAGUAUUAAUUGUUUUUGUUGAACAUUCGUCAGUUGAAUAUGGUGAUAAAAUAGAAUAGACUGAUUAGUUGUUUUUCGAUAGUUUAAUUCAAAUGAAAUUAGUUUUUAUAUUUUCAGAGAUUUUCAGUAUUUACCAUACGUUUUUAUUGAAAAGUUAUAAUAUUCCUUGAAUAUGAUUAAACUAUAGUAAGGUUUACCUAUUAAUUCUAGAUUGGGAGUAAAUUAUAUAGUGUAAAUAAUAUUACUUAAUCCAUUGCCGUAGAAUAUUUAUUUUGUCAUUUAAAAAGUAUGUUCUAGCAGUUUUCUAACUGGUACCAUUACGUGAAAUUUAGGGAAUUUUUCUUAAUUAUUUAGUUUUAAAUUAUUUGUUUUUCUGCUCAUUUCGUUAUUCAGACAUUAUGCAAAGUGAAAGAAAAGUAAAUGUUAGUUUUCUCUGCCAGAGAUGUCUCCAGCCCUUGAAACUGGAUUCUUCUUUUUCAAGUUUAGGAGAACACACAUUAGCAGAGUUAUCGUUGCCUGUGACUAUUUCACCUGAAGUUGACUUGGAAGCAGCUGUCAUUGAUCAUUUUGUACCACAAUUUCAGUUGGAUGAUUCUGGAAAUGGUAUAAAUGGAUUUACGCUCUUGGGAACUCAAAGAGAACCUGGUGAUUUAAGUCAUUUCAUGAAGGUGACUGCUAGCUUAUUUGAUACACUUUCUUCUAAUUCAGAAAUAGAUCAUCCUUUAUGUGAAGAAUGUACUGAUAUGCUAAUUGAUUUGAUGGAUCAACAGUUAAAACUUAUGGAAGAUGAAUGGGACGAUUAUAAAAAUUUUCUUGAGAGGCUUAAAACAGAAUCUUUCGAAGAAAACAUAGAAGUCUUAAACAAAGAAUUGAAGGAUCUCUUAAUAGAAGAAGAGAGGCUUAAAUUUGAAUUAUCAAAUGCUCAACAAGAAGAAAAAGCAAUCAGUCUUGAUUUAGAAGAACAAAAGAAGAACAGUGAAAAACUUGAUAUAGAAGAAGUGAGAUACUGGAAGGAGUAUACAAAACAUAGAAAUGAGUAUAUUUUAAUUGAAGAAGAAUUCAAAAGUUUGAAUUGUCAGCUUGCCUAUACCAAAGGACAAUUAGAGAAACUGAAGAAGACUAACGUAUUUAAUGCAACAUUUCAUAUAUGGCACAGUGGGCAUUUUGGAACAAUAAAUAAUUUUAAACUUGGACGCCUUCCUUCUGCUCCAGUUGACUGGAGUGAAAUAAAUGCCGCUUGGGGUCAAACUGCACUUCUUCUUUCUGCACUUGCAAAUAAAAUGAAUUUAAAAUUUGAAAAGUACCGAUUGGUGCCAUAUGGAAACCAUUCAUAUAUUGAGGUGAUAUCAGAGCAAAAAGUAUUACCACUGUUCGGUUCUGGAGGUUUCAAAUUUCUGUGGGAUAAUAAAUUUGAUUCAGCAAUGGCUGCUUUUCUUGAAUGCUUGCAGCAGUUCAAAGAAGAAGUUGAGAAAGGCCGUUCUGGUUUUUGUUUACCAUAUCGUAUGGAAAAUGGAAGAUUAGAAGAUUCUGGUACUGGAAAUUCCUUUUCAGUAAAAAUCCAGUUCAAUUCAGAAGAACAGUGGACAAAGGCCUUGAAGUUUCUUUUAACCAAUUUAAAGUGGGGUUUAGCGUCAUUACCAAUUUUAAGUCUUAACCAGGAGUGUGAAAAGAGCUGCUGAAGUUUUCUGUGAUUCAUUUAUUAUCAAAGUAAGAUUAGAUUUGGCCUAAUCCCGAUACCUAUUCUUCCAUAAUAAACUUCAGAACCAUCCCAACCCUCUCGCUUCUAACCUUGCUUCCUCUUCGAUUCCUGAUAACCCACCAAGGCGUCUGAAAAGAAGAUGGUACCAUGAUCUCUUAAUGUAGAUAUAUUAGGGUGUUUAAAAAAAAAGAAUGUUUUAUGCAAUUCUAGAUAUCAAAGGACUGUAUAUAUUUUAAUCCUAUUUAAUACUGACCCAGGCUCCAGGCGACCAUUAAUGGAUAUUGAUGAGGUUCUGCAUGAAGUUGUUGAACCAAAUCCAUCCACAAGUACUCGCAAACUUGCCAGGGAUUGUAGUGUGUCAAAAGAUACUGUUAAUCGCCAUCUACUCUCCAUGGGGAUGGUGAAAAAGAGCAAUAGACUGGUCCCUCACGAACUUACUCAGCAAUUAAGAGGUUAGAAAUUUAUGAAAAUUUAUUGAAAAACUCUUCUGAUAUGAGAUUUUACCAGAAGAUUGUCAUUUGUGGUGAAAAGUGGAUUUACUGAUGAAAUCCGACUACGCGUGAGCAAUGGCUAGAUCACAGUCAAGCUGCUUUUCCAGUUGUUGCAAGGGAGCAAUUUGAAAAAAAAAAUCCAUGCUUUGCGUUUUUUUGGAAUUUAGAUGUUAUUCAUCACAAAUUUGUUCCUGAUAGAUGCUCUAUGAAUUUGAACUGUACUGCGAACAAUUAGAAAGAUUGUAGACAAUGUUGUCACAGCGUUAUCCUACUUUGAUCAACCGAAAAGGAAUUUUAUUCCAACAGAAUAAUGUUCGUCCUCACACUUCUCUUCGAACCAAAGAAAAGUUUAAAGAACUUCAUGGGUUCAAACUCCUGCCUCAUCCACCUUAUAAUUCAGAACUCACACUAUUGGAUAACUACUUAUUUAGAUCUAUGGCCCAUUUUCUUCAAGAGAAAAAAUUUCAUAAUUUUGUGGAGGUUGAAAUUGCAGUCCAAGAGUUCUUUGAAAGCCAUCACAAAGAAUGUUAUCAGCGUGCGAUCGAGCAAUUGGCUAGCAGAUAGCUAAUGACGGUAUAUAACAAUGGACUAUACUUUGAGUAUUAAUUGUAUUUUAUAUCAAAGAAAUAAUAAUACAAAUAUUUGUUUGAAAACAGUCAUUUAUUUUUUAUUUUUUAUACACCCUGUCAUUAGAGUGCUACUAGUGGGUAGUUUCUCAACAAUUGUUAUGUCAUCAUAUUCAUUUAUUCACAUUUACUAGAUGUAUUUUUAUUUUUUAACACACUUGUAAAUAUCAUGAAUAAAAUUUAAUGAAAAAUCUGUUUUGAUAAAUAACAAUUUAAUGGUUCCACAGACACAGCUUGUUUGUCAUUUUCUUAAUUAAUAAAUGGUUGUUGCAGUUUGAUGCAGCUGCUAUAACUAUUGUAAAUAAAAUAUCUAUCCUGGUUUUCAUUAGUUUUCACUCCUAAAUCUUCAAAUUUCCUGAGGAAUUGUUUUAGGGCUCCUGCAAGUACUGAUACAAUUUGUUCUGUAUGAGCAGAUUGUCU